AAAAGUUGCUGGCGGUGCAUUCCUGCUCGUCUGCGUGGAGGGCGCGCUCGCCGAAGUCGGGGUGACCCGUGGCCUUUUCCGGAGGGCAGGGUAGAGGAGCAGGGCCAGUGGGGCAGGAAAUGUGUCGGAAGAUGAAGAAGCUGAGCUAGGGGGUGGGUGACUUCCACAGGAAGAGUUCUGGAGCAGUUUCCAAAGACGAUCUACAUUUCCUUUAUGUGUGGGAAGCAAAUGCUGGCGUGUGACUGACCCUCUUACCGCAUCCCCUGUGAAUAUUUCUGUUUAGGUUUUCUUCUCGAAAAGAAACGGCUGCAGCCAGUAACAGACUCAAAAGCAAGCAGCUUUGGGGUAGCAUUGCAAUGCCAUUACUUGGAGUUGAUCAACUGCAAAAAUAAUCAGAACUCCUGUUUACACGCCCCUCAAGUGUGCUGCUCCCUGCUGUGCUAGAAGAUGUCCUCUUGGUGAUGGACCUGUCACUGCCCAGCAGGGACGCGGUGAAUGUGAAAACCUCACGUAUGUACUGUCUCCCCUCUGCACUCACUGACCUUCUGGAAUAGCUUGAACCCUCUUCUGGAAAGGGGCGCCUAUCCGUACUUUAUGGGGCAGCAGCCUGGAAAAGUUCUUGGGGACCAGAGGAGGCCAAGUCUGCCCGCCCUGCACUUCAUCAAAGGAGCAGGGAAGAAGGAGUCGUCGAGGCAUGGGGGGCCGCACUGCAAUGUUUUUGUGGAGCACGAAGCCCUUCAGAGGCCAGUAGCGUCUGACUUCGAGUCUCAAGGUCUGAGCGAAGCUGCUCGGUGGAACUCCAAGGAAAACCUUCUCGCUGGUCCUAGUGAAAAUGACCCCAACCUUUUCGUUGCACUGUAUGAUUUUGUGGCCAGUGGGGACAACACUCUAAGCAUAACUAAAGGUGAAAAGCUCCGGGUCUUGGGCUACAAUCACAAUGGCGAAUGGUGUGAAGCGCAAACCAAAAAUGGCCAAGGCUGGGUCCCAAGCAACUACAUCACGCCAGUCAACAGCCUGGAGAAGCAUUCCUGGUACCACGGGCCUGUGUCCCGCAACGCCGCCGAGUACCUGCUGAGCAGUGGCAUCAACGGCAGCUUCUUGGUGCGGGAGAGCGAGAGCAGCCCCGGCCAGAGGUCCAUCUCGCUGAGAUACGAAGGCAGGGUGUACCACUACAGGAUCAACACUGCUUCCGAUGGCAAGCUGUACGUCUCUUCGGAGAGCCGCUUCAACACGCUGGCCGAGCUGGUGCACCACCAUUCCACAGUGGCCGACGGGCUCAUCACCACCCUCCACUACCCGGCCCCCAAGCGCAACAAGCCCACGGUCUAUGGCGUGUCCCCCAACUACGACAAGUGGGAAAUGGAGCGCACGGACAUCACCAUGAAGCACAAGCUGGGAGGAGGCCAGUACGGGGAAGUGUACGAGGGCGUGUGGAAGAAGUACAGCCUGACAGUGGCCGUGAAGACCUUGAAGGAGGACACCAUGGAGGUGGAAGAGUUUUUGAAAGAAGCUGCAGUAAUGAAAGAGAUCAAGCACCCUAACCUGGUGCAGCUCCUCGGGGUCUGCACCCGGGAGCCCCCCUUCUACAUAAUCACUGAGUUCAUGACCUAUGGGAACCUGUUGGAUUACCUGCGAGAGUGUAACCGGCAGGAGGUGAAUGCGGUGGUGCUGCUUUACAUGGCCACUCAGAUCUCGUCCGCCAUGGAGUACCUGGAGAAGAAAAACUUCAUCCACAGAGACCUGGCUGCCCGGAACUGCCUGGUAGGGGAAAACCACUUGGUAAAGGUGGCGGAUUUCGGCCUGAGCAGGUUAAUGACGGGGGACACGUACACAGCCCAUGCCGGGGCCAAGUUCCCCAUCAAGUGGACCGCGCCCGAGAGCCUGGCCUACAACAAGUUCUCCAUCAAGUCCGACGUCUGGGCGUUUGGAGUAUUGCUCUGGGAAAUUGCUACCUACGGCAUGUCACCUUACCCUGGGAUUGACCUGUCCCAGGUGUAUGAGCUGCUGGAGAAGGACUAUCGCAUGGAGCGCCCCGAAGGCUGCCCAGAGAAGGUCUACGAGCUCAUGCGCGCAUGUUGGCAGUGGAACCCCUCAGACCGGCCCUCCUUCGCAGAGAUCCACCAAGCCUUUGAGACGAUGUUCCAGGAGUCCAGCAUAUCCGAUGAAGUGGAGAAGGAGCUGGGGAAGAAGGGCACGCGCGGCGGCGCAGGCUCCUUGCUGCAGGCUCCCGAGCUGCCCACCAAGACCAGAACCUCCAGAAGAGCGGCGGAGCACAGAGACACCACCGACAUGCCCGAGGCACCCCACUCCAGGGGGGCGGGAGAGCCUGAUGCUCUGGACCACGAGCCCGCUGUGUCUCCGUUGCUCCCUCGAAAAGAGCGGGGUCUGCAGGACGGCAGUGUGAACGAAGACGAGCGCCUUCUCCCGAAAGACAAGAAGACCAACUUGUUCAGCGCCCUGAUCAAGAAGAAGAAGAAAACCGCUCCGGCCCCUCCCAAACGCAGCAGCUCCUUCCGGGAGAUGGACGGCCAGCCCGAGCGCAGGGGCGCCGCCGAGGACGAGAGCCGAGAGGUCAGCAACGGGGCGCUGGCGCUUUCAGCCCCGGACGCGGCCGAGCCGGCCAGGUCCUCCAAGCCCGGCGGCGGGGCCGGCGUCCCCAAUGGCGCCUUCCGGGAGGCAGGGGCUGCGGGCUUCCGGUCUCCUCACCUGUGGAAAAAGUCCAGCACCCUGACCGGCGGCCGGUUAGCGGCCGGAGAGGAGGAGAGUGGCAGCAGUGCCAGCAAGCGCUUCCUGAGGUCCUGCUCCGCCUCCUGCGUGCCCCACGGGGCCGGCGACGCCGAGUGGAGGUCGGUCACGCUGCCCCGGGGCCUGCCGUCCACGGGAAGGCAGUUUGACUCGUCCACGUUUGGAGGGCGCAGAAGCGAGAAGCCGGCUCUGCCGAGGAAGCGGGCAAGUGAGAACAGGUGUGACCAGGUGGCCAGAGGCACGGUCACCCCCCCGCCCAGGUUGGUGAAGAAGGUGGAGGAAGCAGCUGACGAGGUCUUCAAGGACGCGGCAGAGUCCAGCCCGGGCUCCAGCCCCCCCAGCCUGACUCCAAAGCUGCACCGCAGGCAGGCCGUGGGGGCGCCUUCCUCCGGCCUUCCCCACAAGGACGAGGCCGGGAAGCCAGGGGCCUUGGGGACACCCGCCACCUCCGAGCCGGCACCCCCCACCGGCAGGGCAGGGCCAGGCUCUUCUGGGGGAGCCAGCAAGGCCCCCACCGAGGAGCCCAGGGUGAGGAGGCACAAGCCCUCUUCCGAGUCCCCUGGAAGAGACAAGGGGAAGGUGUCCAAGCUCAAGCCUGCCCCCCCGCCCCCCCCACCAGCCUCGGGGGGCAAAGCCGGGGAGGCCGGCCCCGGCGGGAAGGCCAAGCCCACCGCCCUGCUUGUGGAUGCGGCGAGCAACGAUGCCGCCAAAGCCAGCCCACUGGGAGAGGCCGGCAAAAAGCCUGUCCCGUCCAUGCCAAAGCCACUGUCGUCCACCAAGCCGGCGGGGGCCCCCACCAGCCCGGGCGCCACUCCCUCCACGGCGCCCCAGGCCGCCUCUGCCCUGGCAGGGGAGCAGCCGUCCUCCACCGCCUUCAUCCCGCUCAUAUCCACCCGCGUGUCUCUCCGGAAAACCCGGCAGCCCCCGGAGCGGCUCAGCAGCGGGGCCAUCACCAAGGGCGUGGUCCUGGACGGCACCGAGGCCCUGUGCCUCGCCAUCUCCAGGAACUCCGAGCAGAUGGCCAGCCACAGCGCCGUGCUGGAGGCCGGCAAGAACCUCUACACGUUCUGCGUGAGCUACGUGGACUCCAUCCAGCAAAUGAGGAACAAAUUCGCCUUCCGGGAGGCCAUCAACAAACUGGAGAAUAACCUCCGGGAGCUUCAGAUCUGCCCGGCGAGCGCGGGGAGUGGCCCAGCGGCUACUCAGGACUUCAGCAAACUCCUCAGCUCUGUGAAAGAGAUCAGUGACAUCGUCCAGAGGUAGCAGGAGCCCCCCGCAGUGUGUGAGGGGCUCCCCAUGCCUGCGGCGAUGGCCACGGCCCAGGGGCUCUGUGCCAGGCGGAGUGGAGCCACUGUGGAGGCUGCCUUACUCCCUGCCGUGCCCAGUGCCCGCCCG